AAUUCACCGUUUUAUUUCCUACUUAUCUGCGCACUUACGUUUAUAGUCAAGGCGAUUUCGCCGCAUGCAGACGUCUGCGUUUUAAUGCGGACGUUUUGGAAUAAAAAGGUGGCUUUUUUGUUUCGCGGCCAUUUUCUAUUGUUCGGGGUGGGGGGCGAUGAAGGCGCCUCUUUGCGAUCGAGUUUUCCCCGCGAGCCGCGUCGAGCUAACUCGCUUAUUCUCAGUAUAUAUUUUUUAAAAUUUAAGCCGAUAUAUUUACAGCUAGGAUUACGAAAGCGGGAUCCCCGGCCGCGUGUUUUAAACCGCCCAUGUUAAGCGUCGUAGCCCCGCGAGGUUGCGUUUCAUUGGCCGGUUCCGAUCACGUGUCGCGUGUAGACCAAUCGCGUUCGCAGAUUACCAAUCCCCACCCACCAGGCCUCUGAAAGAGCCCUCGGUUGGCGCCACUGCGCAUGUGCUUACGCCGUUGAGUGAUCCCCACGUGGGCGGAUGCUUUCUUUCUGCUGCUGGAUGGGGGCCUCACCCACACGCUUACCGGGUCGUGGGAGUUAUGCGGCGACUUUUCAAACGAACUCUUGUCUCAAGAUGGGCGAGGUUGAUCCAGGGAAAUUGUUCAUCGGUGGCCUCAGCACCGAUACAAAUGAAAACGCGCUGGAGACGAUCUUCUCCAAGUAUGGGAGGGUCGCUGAAGUGCUGAUCAUGAAGGACCGGGAGACAAACCGCUCGAGAGGCUUCGCUUUUGUGACGUUUGCAAACCCUGACGACGCGAAGGGUGCCGAGAGGGACAUGAACGGGAAGCCCCUGGAUGGCAGGAAUAUCAAGGUGGAGCAGGCAACGAAGCCAUCGUUCGAAGGCGGUGGUCGAUUCGGCUCUUAUCGGGGGUUUGGCUUCCGGGGUGGGCGCGGAUCCUACCGAGGCCGUGACAGGGAUGGCUACGGAGGCCCCCCAGCUCGCCGAGACGGCCCUCCGUCACGCCGCGACGACUACGACGACUACUAUACCCCCCGGGAAGGCUACUCCGGCAGGGAUUAUGGAGGCUCGCGAGACUCACAAGAGCACUACGGGGGACACAGGGGCGACGGGUACAGAACAGGGGCUCUUGCCUACGGUGAGCGUGAUGGCUACUCCAGCCGGGAGUCCCGCGACUACGGCGCCAGCGGCGGCAACUACAGGGACGCCUAUGACAGCUACAGUAGCGCCCGUAGCGCCCCGCCCACGCGCGGCUCGUUUGGCGGUGGCGGUACCACCGCACGCUACGAAGACUACAGCGGCGCGAGCUCACGCGACGCUUACGGGGGCGGUGGCGGCACCGCGCGUUAUGGCGCCUCCACUCGUGGCUCCGGGGACCGCCCAGGCCGGGGGGGCCGUGGCGGGGAUGGUGGCCGCGGCGGCUUUCAGCCGCGCGAUGCCUAUUCGGCCGGCGGCCGCGGGGGGGGAGCCCCGCGUGACCCCUACGGCGGGGCCGGGGCAGGACGCGGAGGGAGAGGUGCCCCCAGAGAUUCGUAUGGCCCCCCUAGGGACUCGUACGGCCCGCCCAGAGAUUCGUAUGGGGCCCCCCCCAGAGAUUCUUAUGGCGCCCCUGCUCGGGAUUCCUAUGGGCCCCCUGCUGCACGCGGUGGGGAUUCUAGGGGCAGGAGCCGCUAUUGAGCAGAGCUGAGCCGUGGAUGUUAAUGCCCUUCCACCGUAUUGUCAUUGUUAUCCCUGUCAUUAUUUCUACUACUAUAUACGACUAAUGUGUUAUUUGGCAAGCUAAUGGACUCUCCGGCCAGUGAGAGUGCCGUCGGCAGGCGGUUGCCAAGAUGUCAUUGUGUUUAGGCUGGUGUGAGGCAUUAUGGGAAAAGCCGAAUGUGCAGCCACUUUAAUUUUCAGUGAGGCAGCGUGGCUGAUUAGCAAUGUAACAAUUAUAAUAGAUUCCAAUGCUCAAAACACAUGUGGAGUAUUUAAAUAUGCGAGUUCUAAUUCACCUGAAAAAAGCGGCGCAACACGAUACAUCGGCUUCGUAAGCAAAUGACUGCAAAUGAAAUUUUUUUUUAUCGUCAGUACGGUAUUGUACUGCAGCACGGUUACCAACUAGAUCAGGAUGCUGCCGCCACUGGUGGUCAAGAGGCGUUUGAGGUUUUUUUCCAUAAUGCCGUGGGGCCUAAUUUUUUUUCACUUUGGUGAGUCUCAUUUGAUAUUAAUGGUAUUAAUAUUUUACGUACAUUGUUGAUAGACGUGAAGUCUUAGGAUGUGUUCAUGUUUCCAAUUAAAAUGGCAAGGUAACAAGGAGUGCGAUGUUAGAUGGCGGAAUAGAUUUGCAUUAAGAAAAUCGACACUUGGAUUUGUCAAAACAUUUAGAAGGAACCUGAUGUCAAGAGAGACGGUAGCAAAUAUCUGAUUAUAGGUCUGAUUAAAAUGAAGGAAAACCAUUACAAGAGACUUGAGGGCCAUUUCAAGGGGUCUGGAACAUGCUUUGACAUCAGGUAUAUAUCGGCCUUAAUUUGCCGUUCAGGGAAAGUGAAAUAACGCAUGAGGCAAAAAUAUUCCAACAGCAACAAAGAAACAUGGAGUGUCUGAAAACGCAGACUCGUCAUGGAGCUGUUACAUGUACAUAUUCAACACCAAAGCAGAAUUUUCAAAAUUAUAAAAAAAUUCCCAAUAUUAAGUAAACCGUCAACUUUUCUAAAGUCAAUGUCGAGCCGAUACCCACGUCUUGCAUUUUUACUGCUGUGCUGGUGUUUUUAACAGUUGUCGGAAACGAACACAAGUUGGGUUCUCUUCUAAAUACAGUCGCAACAGCGGAGUUCACGAUGUUGUGCACGCCGGGAGAACGUGUUUGCAAUGCUGUUUGAGUUUUUGUAGUAAUUCAACUGUCGUGACCCUUGAUAAACAAAUAAACGAGAGAGACAGAAGUGAAAAGUUUCCAUUCAAAUCACCAAGCGGGCUCGUGACAGAGCAUAUCAGUCGUGCAGGUUAAACAGAUUUAACUGAACAAAACAAACCCAAAUGAAAUGGGCGCAUCUCUCAAAACAUCUCAAGCCAAAAUAAGUCUUGCAGAGUUGCCUUCGGUGGAACAGCUAUUGAAACGAUCAAAAGAUUAUUGCCUUGGAAGUAAAAUUGAAAGUUUUUGAAAUAUGAAGUUACGUUUCAUACGUUUAGUAGGGUUUGGCCAUGCUCAAUUCAAAGUCAAUUGUGGAAACGCAGUCUGAAAUGUGUUUAACCUGAAGCUGAAAGAGUGUCGCUACUCGUUUGUCGUUUGCCCUGUUCUCCAUGAUGGGAAAAGACCGAAAGCCGCAUUGCGAGUCAUGCACACUCUAUAAUCGCUCCACCGUGGUCGUUUCCCAACACUUUCACCGACAGUGGCAGCCAAACCAUACAUCCUUUACAACCACAAGUGAGGCUGCCAGCAACACGUUACAUCUCCAGACGGUGCAUGUUCUGCGUUUUGCCAUGUUGAUGGUAAUCGGUAAAUGGAACAUUUAAAACCUUUUCAACCAAUUUGUUUAAUUACGUGCACAAACCCAUUGAGAUUCAUCUUCAGACUGUUAGAGGAGAGCUUUCAAUUAAUCGGCUAGUACAUGGUUCAUUUGAGCUUUAGUACACUCUACCCUGCUCUUGUGAACAUCACAAGGUUUGUAGAGUCCGCUUCAUAGUGACGGAUGAAACCCAAACAUCAAGCUGCCUUGCAACUACCCAUUCCCAAAAGGUCAUGUCACAUGGCAUCUAUGUAGUGUCUUCAUGCAAUUACCAAAGCUUUAACAUUAGCAAAAACAAAGCCCUGUUCACAUCAAUGUUGAUUCCAAUGCAACGUUAACUAAGCUUACAUCAGUUUAACACGUAGGCUUUCACCUGAAUAAGCUUACAUCGUUGAGCCUGACCAGCAUUCAAACGCAAGUGCGCUGAUCAAAUGCGCGGUUGUGUAUUGUGUCCAUGCAAAUAGUGACAGGCUCUCGUGGGAACUUCAAAGAUUGCGAUCUGAUCAUUUUACCCUUUGUAACUUCAGGAGAUAUGAAGGGUGAAUCAUGGGUAGAUCAACGAGUCACAUUAAAACAAUACUCCAAUACAACUACGUGGGUUACAGCUACCCCAUUGAAAUGCUUACAUUUGAGCACAGUGCAUGUUUAUGAAAUGGGAAAGCAAAACUGAACUUGGAUUUAGAAUUCCAGACUGAUAAAAUUGCUUCACAUUGAGUUAAUUUUGUCACUGGUGUACCUUGGUAGGAAUUCAGAAGCUGAAGGAACAUUCUCACAAGUACACGGUUCAUCCGUGGCCAUGGUCUCAUUACAAUCUCCACGUAAACGAAGCUGCAAACCAAGAGGCAACACUUUCAAACAUUUAGACCAAAAAACAACUUUCAUGGAAUAGCGUGCCCGUUUUUGUCGUCAUGUGGCAACAGAAAAUGAACUCGGCAUUCCAAUAUAAAAAUACUUGCUCGAUUGUAUUGGUUUGCCAGCUUUAUUCACAUCAUGUGGGAGAUUGUAGUCUGAAAGAUUGAGCAACGUAAAAAAAACCUCGGCUUUCUCAGAUGCAAGGGCACUGCACCACCAGUCCGUGCUCCGAGCUGCCGGUUUUCAUCAAACAGUAAGCGACUCCGACUUUCCGUUUUUUCCCCACCAUUCACAGCUCUGCCAUUGCCCUUCCAAAGCGGUGAAGGGAGGCAGUUCAAUCACUCAUUCACACAGGCAGUUUGCAUGCCAAGGUUUUUCAGUUUUAUUAUUACGUGGUCAUUGUCUAGUAAUUGGCCUUCUGUAGUCCUGGUUUAAAAUGAGCAUAAGUAGUGUUGAAUGGUCAGUGCUCAGUGAUGUUACGAUUUAAAAAAGAAACGAGCAUCUGCGCAUUUCUGCACUUUGUUACUGCGCUCAUUAGCAAAUGUCAAAUUGGUUGCAUCUCCAGUCGGUGUUGAUGAGCUGAAAAAUACAAACGCUGAGAUGAAGCAAAUACAAUGUCAAUUAGCCAUUUCAUUCGAAAUGGCAUCUUUGAACGUGGCUGGAGUAUCCCGCUGGCAUCCACAUGCCCCUCCAUUGGCUUGCAAGGUGUUGUGGCGCUAUCUAACGCGAUGCUGUCAAAAGCGGUGUCUCCCUUGUUUGGUAAAUUGGUAAAAGUAACCGACUCUAGGGUCCACGUACAAGCAGUAGCCUGCCGUAGCUGUGAUGCUGGGUUUGUUUGUGUCGAAACCGAUGUUUAACAAAUCCACUCCUGAAAGCCAAUGUCACAAGGAUUCAAACGGCAACAUGGACGGAUCAGGGUGGAGGAGUCAAAAUUCAUCUGGGACGGCAAGCAAUGGAGGACUGGUAACUCAAAACAAAAGAAAGCAAAACCCAAACAAAAACAUACGUCGUCAUUUUCCAUUCAUUUCCCCAGGGAAAAAAAACUUCUAGCCAGUUAUUUUCUUUAAUGUUUUCAAAUAGAUGAAUGCAGCACGUAACCUUUCAAUGCCAGUUUUCACUUGGUCUGAACUGACUUCAUCGGAUUCCACGAGAAAAACGUGUUUCUUGCCAGACUUGUCGAAUGACACGCAAAACAAGAACGUUAAUGUCAGAAAAUCCUUUGUUUAGCGUUACAGAAUAUUCGGUGCAUUGUUAAAACUGUCCAUCCCAACGUCAAACUAGGAUUGAAUUUAAACAUUCGUCAUGACAGAAAAUCUCCCCCCCCCCUUUUCCUUGAGUGUGGGUUUUUAAUAAAAUACCUUGUCAUGCAGCGACUUAAAAUGAUGAAUCUGUUGAAUGAUUUGGACUUGUGGCAUCGCAGGGCGCUGUAGGGAAGUGUGAACGCGCGCGGGUGUCUGCGCUGCCGGUCGACCUCUAACGAGCAUGUCCGCCCGUUCUCUUUGCAGAGUGAGCCAACAAAGGGGUCCUUUGGCAAUUCAUCGCGAUCCGAGCACCAACUGCAAUUUGGUGUCUCAUGAACAAGCAGCCGAUUGGAAACGCACGUCCACUGAGAGACUGAGAAGUGUUGGGAUGGACCGUGCCGGCCUCGGUGAACGAUGAGGCUGUGUGCAUCCAGCACCUCGGGAGGCAUGGAGAAACGCAGCAUUGAAGAGUGGAAGGCCUUGGGGAGUCAUCCGGCUCUCGUCUUCAUGACGUCGUGUUGCACUGAAACUAGCUCACCGGGUGUUGAGCCUUGCGUUGAUCCCGGGCGGCUGUUCCAAAUGUUACGAUAAGGUAUAUUACAUGUGGUGAACUGACACAGGAUCGCUGAGACACCUUGGGUCACUCCUAAAUAUGAUUUGUGUCCUCAUCGCAGAACGUCGCGAUUUGUCCCUUUGACAAAAUGGCGUCACUUAGGAAACCCCAAAAGUCAUCAGGUUUCUCAACAAACUCGCUGAGUUGCCAAAUGCUGCUCACGCUUUGACAUCGAUCGCGGCAGUCCCUUUACAAUGUACAACGUUGAUGAGACUUGGUUUAAUCCGAUCCAAGGCUUCUUCCCAUGGUUAUGGUGAAAUCGGUCCCUGUCAUUUAAUUCUAACCACUAGCUCACCAGUCAUUACAGUAACACACUAGGACAGGAAGACUCCGUGUUUUCACGUUUGUCUAUUUUAUUCAUUUGUGUACACAUGCGAUUGGGAAUUGUGAAUUGGCAAUGAAAAGCUCCUAGAUGUGAGAAUGGGCAAAGCAUAUUUUGCAACUGUAUUGUCUUUAUUCAAUAAAAACCCUCCCUGGAGAGCUGUG